AUGGAUGUCCAUGGUGAUGGUGAACAAAACCGUCGCCGAGGAGAGCCCGUCGCAGUGCGCGAAAUUCUACAAAGAGCUCCGGCCGAACGGCCUGGUCGCCCUGCAGACCGGCCGAGCGACGUUCCUGUCCCUGCUUCCCAGCGGCUCCCUCGUCGCCGGGGCGGCCGAGGGCGGCGACGGCCAGCUGUUCUCCGAGAAGACCGACGAGGAGACGGCCGCGUGUCGGUGGAGCCCGCCACCGGCCCCGGCUACGUGGAAGUCGGGGACGGCGGGACGAGCAGCAUCGAGAUGAAGAGCAACGCGGACGGCUCCGUAUCUUUGACCAGCGGUGACGACUUCCUGUGCUCCGCGGAGAGGCGGGUCACAGUGCUCACGUGCGAGACGAGGAAGAGCAACGUGGAGAGUUGGCCCAUGCAGGGGGUUGGCGCCACUAUGACCAUCCAUAACGUGUGCUUCAACAAGACGUGGUACGGCUUCAAGACGAAGGUGGAUGCCUACCACGAGCGCGUCAUGGAGCUGACCGCGGGGGGCCAGCCGGAGCAGCUCGUGGUCCUGGUCGACAAUUCUGACAUGGCCUUCGGGGGCUGCACGUACGAUGAUCUCUUGGACAGGUACGAUAAGAUCUCGAGCCUCGUGAACGUGCCCGUGAUAGCUGGCGCGGACAACAAGCUCUUCCCGACCACGGAUUGGCCGUACCACACGUUCGAGGAGCGCCGGGGGCGGAUCAUGAGGGCGUUCGGCAUGACGGCGGGCAAGUUCUGCAAGUACACGGAUUGUGCUGGUGUGCCCGCAGAGGUUCGCGAACAGCGGCUUCCUCGCGGGGCCACCGAAAGACCUGCAGCACCUGCUGAGAUGCAUGCUGAAGAACGGGUGGGGGGACUUCGGCAAGACCGGUUACGACGACCAGCAGGGCCUGCACGCCUGCAUGUUCUCUAA